AAGAUGGCAGCAACGGUUUUGUACCUCUAAUUUGAUUCGAUUGGUUUCAGAAUAGUUCUGGAAAAGGCGUGGGUGGGGCCUACAUAGGAGGAAGAUCUUCAACGCCAUCGUCUUGCAAUCUCUCCCGUGAAUUCUUUUCUUCCGCUACUCGAUUUUGGAAUUGGACCCUCAAUUACUUCCUCUUGAUUUAAGGACUCGAUGAUGGAUCGAGUGCAGAGGUUACUGAUCGAGGUUUUAAUCGAGCCCCAAAAGGGGGGCCAAUCAGUUCUCAGCACAAUAAAAAUUGCGGUUCUUCCCAUAGCCAAAGUUUUUACCAUGUGCUUUCUUGGCCUUCUUAUGGCUUCCAAGUAUGUGAAUAUCUUGCCUUCUAAUGGCAGAAAGCUCUUGAACGGGCUGGUAUUCUCACUUCUUCUACCGUGUUUGAUAUUUUCGCAAUUGGGGCAAGCUAUAACUUUUGAAAAAAUGAUUGAAUGGUGGUUCAUUCCUGUCAAUGUGGUGAUUGCUUCUAUAACGGGCUCCAUUAUAGGUCUUGUUGUUGCGUCCAUUGUCCGUCCUCCUUACCCGUACUUCAAGUUUACGAUAGUGCAAAUUGGAAUAGGGAAUAUUGGGAAUGUGCCUCUUGUCUUGAUUGCUGCAUUAUGUCGAGAUAAAUCAAACCCAUUUGGUGACACUGAUAAAUGUUCUCAAGAUGGAAAUGCCUACAUCUCAUUUGGCCAAUGGGUUGGCGCAAUUAUCCUGUACACCUAUGUUUUUCAAAUGCUUGCCCCUCCCCCUGGUGGAUAUGAUGGUGAAGAUGGAAAUAUGCCCUUGAAGAAUUCUGCGAGAAAUAGCCCCAGUGCACUUGCUAGUGAUGCUUCUCCUGAGCGACUUCCCCUGCUUGCUGAUGCAACACCAGUUUAUUCAAAUUCCAAUAAAGACAAAGUCAAAGAUUUUCUGAAAUAUAUUUAUGAAAAACUGAAGCUCAAGCAAAUCGUUCAACCACCAAUUAUUGCUUCUAUUGUUGCAAUAUUCAUUGGGUGUGUUCCUUUCUUAAAGAAAUUAAUAUUCACCGCAGAUGCUUCUCUCUACUUUUUCACAGACAGCUGCAUGAUUCUUGGCGAAGCAAUGAUCCCGUGUAUAUUGUUGGCUUUAGGAGGCAACCUUGUCGACGGGCCAGGACGAGGGAGCGCAAAAAUUGGUGCCCGGACGACUGCAGCCAUUGUCUUCGGGAGAUUGUGCUUGGUUCCUCCAACUGGACUAGGUGUUGUCAUGUUGGCUGAUAAACUGGGAUUCCUGCCCCCUGGUGACAAAAUGUUCAGAUUCGUGCUCCUACUCCAACACACGAUGCCUACUUCUGUGCUUGCGGGGGCUGUUGCCAAUCUACGAGGAUGUGGGAAGGAGGCUGCAUCCGUCCUGUUCUGGGUUCACAUUUUUGCUGUUUUCUCAAUGGCUGGUUGGAUUAUUCUUUACCUCAACAUAUUAUUUUGAGGUCUACAACACACGAAGCAACCUCGGUCUUCGACUAGUUCGUUUACUGCCCCAAUUGUGAGGAUGUAUAUGUAGAGGCACAAGUGAUCCCUGUGCAUUGUAAAUGCUUCAUUUUAUUGUACCCGACUUUCUGUGUAAUUAUAUGGAUACAUGAUUAAAAUUUCCAAA